CCCGAACAGUCCACCACUUUAGGAGCUCCUUGCAUCAUGAAUCACAACCUCGUGCAUCCGUAGCAUAGUUCGUAGGCUAUACUGAGCCUCCGUUAGUUUUUACCUCCAGGAAUUCUAGGGAAAAUAGCUGCUAGCCACGCUCUGGGGUUCGGGAACGAAGCUGACUCUUUCGCUCUCGGUUUCGGAUCCGGACGAGGGAAAGUCCUGUGGGAGUGGGAGAUGUUGAUGUUCGAAUGCUGGAGACACGUCGAUCCGUCAUAACCGUCUGGAAUUCUUGGAAACUCCUCUAUUAGUUGCUGAGAGUGUCGAUGGAUAAGUUAAGGUGGAUUCUAGUGGUGAGUUGUUGUGGUCGAGUAGCUGAGAAAAGGCAACAAUGUGGAGAACUCUGCGACAGCUGGAUCAUCUGCUGACUCCCUGAGAGUAUGUGUCACCAGCAUCUGGUUUUUAACGUGCGAUAACUGGAAAUUGCUAAAUUGUGUAAAUUGAUGGAGAUAAGUGUUGGGUGGAAGGAAAGAUGGCUUGUGUGGCUGUAGUCAUCGGCGUCUCUGUGGAACAUGACGCCAGUAAAGCAAGGCGUCUUUAUGAAACACGACGCCAGUAAAGCAAGGCGUCCUUGUGGAACACGACGCCAGUAAAACAAGGCUUCCCUGUGGAACACGACGCUAGUAAAACUAGGCGUCCCUGUGGAGCACGACGCCUGUAAAACAAGGCGUCUCUGUGGAGCAAGACGCCAAUAAUACAAGGUGUCUCUGUAGAACACAACGCCAGUAAGUUGGGGCGUCAAUGUAAAACACGACGCCAAUAAGAUAAGGUGCAGGAAUCCCACAAGCCAAGACUUCAAAGCCAAGGGGAUUCAAGGGCGUGUAGUCCCCUCCACACGCCCUCUUGUCAGGCUCAGACACCCUCCUGGCCAUCCCACACGCCCUCCUAAGAGAUUCAAACGCCCUCCUGGCACGCCCUUCUAUCACGCCCACAUCAUGUUUGACGGCACAACGCCCAACGUGGUCACCCCCGACGCCAUGACGGAGGGACGCAGGUACAGCAUGCUGGAGCAAGCCAUCGCCAUGGCCGGAGCGCUCAGCGAUGAACCAGACUUCUCCACCUUUGAGAACAAGACGGGCCUGGCCGAGGACAUGAAGUUCCUGGCGUCCAUGCCGGAGCUGUGUGAUGUGACCUUCUUGGUUGGAGACACCCGUGAACCCGUGUGUGCAGUGAAGGCUGUUCUAGCUGCACGCAGCAGGGUGUUCCACAAGCUGCUGUACAACUCUUACUCACCCCAGAAGAAGAAAGAACCAAUGAGUCGAGAGAAGAAGAUCAAACUCUUCCUGAAGAGAUCGUCAGAGCCUCUCAUGAACCUCCAGGGUCAACAACAAGGCAGACAAGGACGCUCCGGCUACACACACAAGCUGGAUACCAUCCCUGAGCCUCAAGGCAAUGUCCAUCAGACUCUUAUCGUGGAGGAAUUCGAACCAGACGUGUUCAGACAGCUUAUUGAGUACAUCCACACUGGCUGUGUCACACUCCAGCCACGUACUCUGCUAGGACUGAUGAACGCUGCUGACUACUAUGGUCUGGACGAACUAAGGAAGGGGUGCUCAGGGUUCGUACAAUGCUGUAUCAACGUGGACACUGUGUGUGCUCUCCUAGCUUCAGCUGAGAGAUACAUCCAGUACAAGUGUACCAAGUCCAUGGUGCAGAAAGUGCUAGAGUUUGUUGACGAGCACGGGAACGAGGUGCUCAAUCUGGGCUCCUUCACCUUGCUGCCACAACAUGUUGUUAGACUCAUCAUGGCCAGGGAGGAACUGCGGGCCGACGAAUUCACCAAAUUCCAGGGGGGACUGAUGGGUAAAAGAACACUUGAUAACCAGCCCAACACCGACUUAAGGAGGUCAUCGGUAAUUUUUCCCGAGUAUAUAUUCAAAGUCCCACCAAACAUUCUCAUGAAGGAGUCAUACGGGGCCCUUGUGCCUUACCAUAUUAUAAUGAAUGCUCUCGCUUACCAGGCCGACCCCAGCAGCAUCGAUCUGGUGAAGCUGUCUCCCAACAGAACCCGGAGGUCGCACGACCGAGGUAUGUCCGUGCAGAGCGAUCACCUAGGCUCCAACACUACGCUCUCCUCUUCGGCUUCCUCAGAGAUGGAGUCUGGAAGACACUCUUCCGAGGGUGCCAUAGGUGGAGGGGGAGGUUCCUCUCCUCUCAGUCACGGACGGGAGAUGUAAAAUGCACCGACCAAUGUACGCAUGGAACACUCAAGUACUCUGGGAACGUACAUCAUGAGUAUUGUUACCUGUGUCCAACUACAAGAGUAUUUUUAUGCCCAUGAUGAAAAAAAAAAUUCUCAGCUAGUAACCGUGCAGGUGUGUGUGCUGUGUAUAGAAAAAUAUUUCCUUUUGUAAACUCAAAUGUGAGAGGAUCGAGCACAGAUGGUAUGUAAGACUAUAUAUAAUUUACGAAGUAGACUAGGAACCAAACAUUUGAGGAUAAUUUUUAUAUAGGAAGUGGGCAUUCAGACCUUUUGGUCGUUUACAAAUAUCUAUACUCACGAAAUCGUAAUAAUACGGUGGGGUUUUCAACCCACGGUACGAGUGGGUUCAAAACCCCGCCCGUACCGUGGGCAUAUAUGUUUGUUUUACUGCAAAUAAGUUGUAUUUUUGCUGAGGGAGAUUUUAAAUGUAUAAUGUAUGCGUAAUGUGUGUUAUUUGUGCAGAUAUGGAUGCCUACUUGCUGAUCUAAUGUUUAAGUAAACAUUUUAGAAAAAAACAUAUUUUUACUGCAGCAGAGAGAUUAAUGUAUUCACAGCAUUCUUUUUUUUUGUGAAUUUGUGCAUAAAUAUAAGAAUAAGUCGGCUUUUCAAUUGUGUGAUUAAUAUGGAUUGAUUCUCUGAACUGUUACAUCCCCAACAUCCGUUCAGAGUGCAGACACUGUGCUUCCCACCUCCAGAACUCUA